UUGCAACAAAAGAAAGGGAUUGAGAUGGAGGAAAUCCAAACAUAAGCAGAGCCUUAAAACCUCCACCACAUAUUCAGAUCGUGAGAAAGCCAAAAGCCUAAAAAUCCACAAUGUCCCUGGCCCACUAGCCUACACAGUUGCAAAAAUCUUGUGAGAAGAAAUGAAGCAGUAAAAACAGCAGCAGCAGAUCAAACAUUGAUGCUCCCACUUUUAUCUACGCACCAGUUGCAGGAUAAUUGAUGCAGAUACUUAUUUUUUGAAUCUGUAGUUGUUGUUUGGUCUGUUCAAAGCUUUGAACAAUGGCAGCUCUUGCUUCCCUUGCCCCACACUCUUCCUCAUCUUCUCUACAUCCCAAAAUCCAUUUCUCAGCACUUGGGUUGUCUUCAAAUCCUACUCAUGAACCAACUUCAUGUAGCUUCACAGGCAGAUCAUUUAGGUAUUUCAGGAGGGGACAUUUUUUGCAGCCCACCUCAGCCGGGCUAAAAAUCCAGAGUGCAACUAGCAAGCCUGCAAAAUCUCCAGCCGAAGAAGAGUGGAAGAUUAAGCGAGAGUAUCUGCUACAGAAAAGGGUUAGGAGUGUCGAAGUAAAGGAAGCCUUGCGCCUUCAGAAUGAAAAUAACUUUCUAAUUCUUGAUGUACGGCCUGAAGCAGAAUUCAGAGAGGCUCAUCCUCCAGGUGCCAUUAACGUGCAAAUAUAUAGACUUAUAAAGGAAUGGACAGCAUGGGAUAUUGCAAGGCGUGCUGCAUUUGCAUUUUUUGGCAUUUUUUCUGGCACUGAAGAGAACCCUGAGUUCAUAAAAAGCGUAGAAUCAAAAAUAGAUAAAAACUCCAAGAUAAUAGUGGCCUGUCAAUCUGGGGGUACUAUGAAACCAUCUCAAAACCUUCCUGAAGGUCAACAAUCAAGGUCACUGAUAGCAGCCUACUUGCUUGUCCUAAAUGGAUAUGCUAAUGUUUUCCACUUAGAAGGGGGGCUUUAUACAUGGUUCAAAGAAGGACUGCCACAAGUUUCAGGGGAGUGAAAUUUCAACCACCUUUACUGUUGAAGAUCUCUCCCUCCCCUUUUUUGGGUAUUCUUACUAACUCAUCCCAUGAAUGAAAAUGCUCACUGUAUCAAUGAAUAGUGUUUGAAGGCUUAUCAUUCACAAUGAGAUAUGAUGUAUUCCUGAUCA